AUGACAAAUUCUUCUCAUAUAGAAGAUUUGUCAAAUUGGAUGCUGGUUUGACCAACAUCAGCUGGUCAAACCACCGCCCAGACUUCAUCGGGAAGUCUCGGGCGCUUAGCGCGCUACUCAAAGGCAAUUUCUAUAUUUUAUUAUAAAAAAAUUUUUUUUCGAGGUUUAAAAAUGCCCAAUUUCCAAAAAAUUGGAAAGCAAAUAUUAGAUACACUUGCAAAAUUUAUGUUUUAA